CCGGUGGAAGCCCGGCGUAGAGGACGGUCGGCAGGUCGUCGGGCUGCGAGGCCGCGGGGAGCCGGGGGAGGGCCUAAGGGACACCGGGAGGGCCUAGGGGAACAGCGGGGACGCCCAGGGUACGUGGGGCACCGCUUGCCGCCGCCGCCGCGUCGGCCCCGUCCCGACGACCGCGCGCUGAGGGCGGCCCGCCGCUUCUCGAAGGGGUCUCGGUGUUGCUUGAUGACGUCAUAUCGGCGAUAUGACGUCAUGUCACGCGGUGUCCCCGCCGCACUGGGGGUUGAGCAACAGCUCAAGGGCAGAGGUGCACUUCUGGCUCGGCGGUGCUGCGGGGGUGUGUGGGCUUUUAUGCUGAAACCCGUGAGAAAUCCAUAGCCUGGAGCAGGAAACGUUCUUAGAAACCAUUAUUGAGCAUCUGUUGCCUGGUGCUGCAGCUCCACUGCUCUGUGAGGUGCUCACAGGCCCGGCCUGGGGCUCCCCACCACCAGCACUGUGCUGCUUAGGGCAUCUUGCGUGGCUGGACUGAGCACAGUGAUGGAGACUGCUGGAAAACGGGAUGCGUUGCACAGCUCAGCUGGUGUGGUGCUACUGUAAAGCUUGGAGCAGCUUGCCCUGUCCUUCAGAAUAGAGGAUGUUGGCUUCAAGAGCAUUCAGCCUCAUUGGGAGAAGAGCCCUUUCCACCUCCAUCUGUGUGAGGGCACAUGGGCAUGCUGGUGUUGUCAAAGCAGACGAUUUCAGCCAUCCAGCAUACGUUGAUCGCCGUGAUGUUCCCCUGCCAGAAGUGGCCUUUGUAAAGGAACUCUCUGCUCAGCAGAAGGCUCUGAAAGAAAAGGAAAAGGCAUCUUGGACCGCUUUGUCCGUUGAUGAGAAAGUUGAAUUGUACCGUAUCAAAUUCAAUGAGAGCUAUGCAGAAAUGAACAAAGGGACAAAUGAGUGGAAGACUGUCCUUGGUGGAGUGCUCUUCUUUCUUGGCGUAUCUGGCCUCAUCCUCAUUUGGCAGAAAAUGUAUAUGUACGGCCCUAUUCCGCACACCUUCUCUGAUGAGUGGCUGUCAAUGCAGACAAAGAGAAUGUUGGACAUGCGAAUUAAUCCCGUGGAGGGCAUCUCUGCCCAGUGGGAUUAUGAGAAGAACGAGUGGAAGAAAUGAAGCAACUCAGUGGAACCUGCCCUGCUUGAAUACGAAAUGAUUCCAUCACCCGUAUGUGACCUCGUUGCUUUAUGUACUGGAACAAUCUCUCCACCUAAAUAGAUGAAAAUAAACAUCUGGUUAACUUGAAA